CAAUAGAGAAAAAAUAUUUUUCCCCUACGAAACAUUCCAUUCCUCGCGAGCUCAGCAACAAACUGCCAUCUCUGAGAUCACACAAUCACGUACAUACACACACAGAAAUACACUUUCUUUCUGUGUUGUUAACCGAGCAUACAUUUAUCUAUCGGAUUUGCUGGUUGAGUCCGCGACUGGAUUUGAGUGUAUUUUACUGGAAUUUUCUUCUCUCUUCUUCUUCUGAGGAGGGUGUAUUGGGGUUUGGGGUGGGAGGUGGGGGCUGAGGGUUUACGAAUUUUCAAAUGAAAUGAACAGGCACAAGAAAUUUAAUGUGUUCGACUCAGUCCCUGCAUAGUGAAUAAAGGAGCGUGCGGUUUCUUUUUCUUCUUCUUCUUCGUCUAAUGGCAAAGCGCGUGUACGAAGUCUGGAAAGGAAGCAAUAAGUUCAUCCUUGGUGGGAGGUUGAUAUUUGGGCCAGAUGCUAGGUCAUUGCUUGUCACAUUAUUGCUGAUCACUGUUCCAGUUAUUAUUUUUUGUGUAUUUGUUGCAAGGCAUCUUCGCCAUGAGUUCUCUCCACAUAAUGCAGGAUAUGCUAUUCUGGUGGUAGCAAUUGUCUUCACUAUCUAUGUAUUGGUUCUUCUUUUCCUCACAUCUGCAAGAGACCCGGGUAUCAUUCCCCGCAAUUCACAUCCUCCAGAGGAGGAAUUCCGGUAUGAUGCUUCUGUGUCAGCUGAUAUUGGUGGGAGACAAACGCCCACCCUUCAAUUCCCCCGAACAAAGGAAGUUAUGGUUAAUGGCAUUCCUGUGCGUGUAAAGUAUUGUGAUACAUGCAUGCUUUAUCGACCUCCGCGUUGCUCCCAUUGUUCAAUUUGCAACAAUUGUGUUGAACGGUUCGAUCAUCACUGUCCUUGGGUGGGCCAAUGCAUAGGACUGAGAAAUUACCGCUACUUCUUUAUGUUCGUUUCUUCAUCAACUCUUCUUUGCAUCUAUGUGUUUUCCAUGUCAGCUUUGUACAUUAAGGUUCUGAUGGAUGAUCAUGGGGGCAAACUGUUAAAAGCAAUGAAAGAAUCUCCUCCAUCUGUCAUACUAAUGGCGUAUUGUUUCAUUUCCCUGUGGUUUGUUGGAGGGCUUACAGGGUUCCAUUUAUACCUCAUAGGCUCAAACCAGACUACCUACGAAAAUUUCCGGUAUAGAGCAGACAACAGGGUAAAUGUUUACAGCCAGGGUUGUGUGAAUAAUUUUCUUGAAGUGUUCUGUACAAAGAUAAAGCCCUCAAGGAAUAACUUUCGGGCUAUUUUUCAAGAGGAGCCCCCAAGGCCCCCUCCUCUGCCAGUCACCCGGGAAGUAGAAGCAGAAGACUUGGGUGGAGAUCCACGUUCGAAGGUAGAGGAUGAUCUAGAGAUUGGUGAAGACCUAUUGAAGAUCUCCCAGCGCCGCAACAUUGAAGAAAUAGAUGAGGACAUACGGAGUAGAGGGAGUAGUGGACUACCCCAUAAUAGUGCAGAGAUAGACUCUGUUCUGAAUGCGGAUCGAGCUCCCACCAUUAGAGCAGAAACAAGGCAUUCAAGUUGGGGAAGGAGAAGUGGGAGCUGGGAAAUUGCACCGGAUGUUCUUGCCAACUCCACGGUGACUGAAAGCAGAAGCUAUGUAGCUCCCAAGGAAGCAAGGCAAUGAUGUGGUAGUUUCUAACUUUAGCUGCGGACAAUAUAGAAUUAUGGGAUGACAUGGGUGGAGAGCAAUUUUCUUGGAUUCAUUUUUUUAGCUAUUAUUGUCUGUGGUGUGGUCUCAAAUGGAGUUGCCAUUGAUUUGAGAACUUGCAACCAUCAAAUGGGAGUCAAGAAUUUACUCCCCCUCCCCCCCCCGUGAGUCACAGAAGCUUGUAUUUACAUUUUUCUUUAAAAGGGAAUUUCUAGCUUUUUGUGAUUAUCUUUUGGGAGGCAAUUGAAGGAUGUGUUGUUGUAAUCUGAGAGAAGAAAAAGGGGGAUUGCUGUCUUUCUGCCUUUGUUUAUACUGUUAAAACAUCUACUUCCUAGAUUGAUUGUCCAGUGCUGGCUUUAUUCUUUGUGCA